AUGGAAGGCAUUCAGCCCAACGAAAUCCGACACGUGCAUAAGGGUGGCCCAGCUGUGGCACCCGUGGUACAGGCUGCGUCCAGUCGUGUGUUCCGUCGGGCAGAUGAUGAUCAUGAGUCGCGGAACGAACAACGCCUACGUGCAAGCUCGGAUUGGCCGACCCCAGUCGAUAACAGAGGUGCUUCUCUGUACCCUAUGUCGUCUGACACAGGUCCCAAUCUCCGAAGCGCAAGUAUUAUCCAAGAUCAGGACCACAUUGCGAAACGCCGGAAACUCAAUCAUUCCACCCACCAGUACAGGGACAGACCAACUCGGUUCGACGUGCUGUUAGAUCUGCCCAUUGACUGCGUGCCAGGUGUCCCUGGGUGUCGUGAUAGGAGACGCAAAUGGGUAGAUGCCCAGAUUGCAAUAAUUCGGCGAGAGCGAGAUGCGAUAGUCUACAUGCAUACAGUGAGAGGUUUACAGGCCACUUUCUCAUGCCGCAGUCUCGCAUCUACUCCGGGUGGUGAACCCGACGCUCAGAGAUUAGACAAGAGCACAUUGCCGGACAAUCCCAUGUCCUCGCUCAGUUUAGCAAAUCUUCCACCACUUGGCUUCCAAGCAGGGUUAGUUUCAUCGCAGCGUUCGCAUGUCAACUUCGAAACGCUCGCAAAUGAUUCACUCCCAAGUGCAUUCCGGAGCGGCUCCCCGCCUAUCGUGUCAUCGACAUCAUUGCUUCCCAACUAUUCCUCCAAGUUUCGGUCCGGCAUUUUAAGGAUUAAGCCUCUUAUUCCCACUUCACCUGGCACUUCGUUGCCGCCCGUCUCCACCACCUCAUCGUUUCCAGCUUUCGAUCAUGACGCACACUCUGUAAUUUCCCUCUCCGAAUUCCAAUCACCAGCACCAUCGGAAUCGGUGGAGAUAAAGCACGAAAACGAAGAGGAAACGGUCGAGAUUGCUUCUAUAAUUGAUGUAGAAGAAGAAUCGCCCGUGCUUCAGCCUGCUGUGUAUGGGUUAGACGUCGAAAUAUACGCUCAAAUCAUGGCACAACCUCACGAGAAAGCCCGUAGAAUACUCCUAGACAAAGCUGGAGGGAGUGGAUACAACAUAUCAACACAUGGGUCCAUCGAUCUCCUUGAUAUAAUUCCCUCAUUCAGGCAAACACAACUCGCCGUCAGCCCGGAGCCAUUAUCGGGAACUAUAGAUGAUGCAUGCCUCUUGGCCACUUAUGAUGCAGAUUGUAUCGUGUUGGCCCAUUCUGGUCAAUCUCCGCAAUUAAGUCUAGUAGCGUUGUUUGACAAUGAUAAGCCUUUCUCCGUGCCUCUUAAUCGUCCUUGGGAACAAGGGCGUAAAUCUGGUGUCGGAACGGUCGCCGCCUUGCCCCAAGAGUAUGCAUUCGUCAGUGGAGGCCACGAUCGAAUAAUCCAUCUCUGGAACGUCGACAGCGACCUCAAAUCCGCUCAGCCUCACACCCUCGCUGUCAAACAUAGAUCACUAAUCACAUCACUACUCCCUGUCGACGAUACUGGCCCCAAACUGAUAUCUGCCAGCGCGGACUGUUCUGUUCAAUGCUAUGAUUUUUCUUCAGAGAAAACUAUCAGGACGAUGAAAGUCUCGAACCCCAUAUACCAUGUUCAUACAACAGACUCGCCGUUCUGUACCUUGCUUGAGAUUGGGCAUCGUGAGCUGCAGUUCGAGGUUCGUGAUCAUCGCAUGGUGCCGGAGCAUCCGGUGCAGCGAUUUGGCUACCCCGCGGUUGAAAAGCAUGGUCGAUUCAUCAAAGGUGACACGUCUGGGCAACUCUUUGCAUGCGGCAGUUUCGACGGCCGAGUGCGUUUAUGGGAUUUGAGAGCCCUCAAGAACCUACCAGCCGAAGUACUCUGUCUGGAAGGUCAGAAGGUGAUACAAACUUCCUUCGCAUUUUCCCGCAUUGUCGCGCUAUCAAAGGACCAAAACAUCAGCGUCCUCAGAUACUCCAUGGAACUGUAG